AUGUUAGCAGCUGACUGUGAGUACCGCAUACGAUUUCGCACGGUUUCAAUCAGCAAAGCGAACCCGCCGUCGCCAGGCAUAGUUCAGAGCAGGAAGAAAUGCAGUCUCGUCCAUCAUCAAGAGUGGCUCAAAGAACACACUGCUUCCACUAGCAGAACUCGAUGUGUUAUUCACGCCGCACCAUUGGAUCUUAUCUUCAUAUUGGAUAGCUCAGGUUCUCUGCGGGACAAAUUCCAGGAUGAGAUUGACGUGAUUCGCCGCAUCGUAAGACAUGUGACCAUUGGCGAAACCGCCACUCGUGUGAUGCUUAUCCAGUUCAGUGGCACGCAACAUUUGGAGUUCAAUUUCAAUAAAUUUACUACCCGUGAAGAACUGCUGGCGGCGCUCGAUGUACUGCGGCAUGUGUCUGGCAUCACACGAAUCGGUGGUGCAUUCGAAUUCGCGCUUGAGGCGCUUAAAAAUCCCACAAAUGGCCUCAGAGACGCCAGCGUUCCAAAGAUUCUUUACUUACUGUCGGAUGGGAGAACCCAUGACUAUCCAAAGGACUGGGAGAUGGUUGAAGUUGCAAGGAGAUCAAUACCAAGCAUUGACAUUUGGGCCUACGGUACUGGAAACUACGUUGCAAUGAGCGCAUUGCUCAACUAUACUCAGGACGUGUCAAAGAUUGCAACGAACGCAAACUUGGUGGGUCUGGAACGUCAGUUCGAUCCUUUUCAUGGGACAGAAAUAUGUGAGAAAAUCCCAUCGUGUGUGAAGGGAUCGGACAAACCCGUAGACUUGGCUCUUCUCAUCGAUGCUUCCGAAUCUCUGGACCAACUAUUCAAAGAGCAAAUUCGUUUUGCCGAAGAGCGGAUUCUGAAUAACAUUAAUGUCCACCCAGAUGCCGUCAGAUUGGCAUUGAUUACAUAUUCUGGCCAAACGUUCGUUCACUUCAAGUUCAACAGCAACCAGUUCGGUAACAAUACAGCAGUGUUGAAUCACCUCGGUACACUGCGAUCCAUUAAAGGAACUACGUCCACACAUAAUGCGCUCAGGGACACCUUUGCUCUACUCAACUCAAGCGAUCCCAACGAUGGAACGCGACUGAGUGUUCCUAAAAUGGUAAUCAUCCUUACUGAUGGUCAUUCAGCACGAGCUCCAAAGGAGAUAGCUGAGACCAUGAGAGCUCAAGGAAUCACUAUUCUGGCAGUGAGUGUCACCCCAAGACCUUACGUAGAUGAAGCGGAACUUCUGCAGAUAGCCGGUGAACAGUCGCGAGUUUUUACACCUCGGAAUGCGCAUGAGUUUGAGGCUGAACUUAUGAAGCAUGUAGGCUUCGGAUGCGAAGGCCUCGAGCUUGGACCAGACUCUAAACCACGUGUACGCGGGGCAACAGACGUAACAUGCAAUUCGAAUUCGGUCACGUUCACCGUCCGGACACAACGUCCAAUGCACGGACUGAUGUAUGCUCAGCAUUUUCAUGAUAUUCCGGAGUGUACUGUGAGAAAUGACGGCUCUUCGCGCGAAGUAUCCAUAACAUUUUACGACGGACAAUGUGGACUGUACAAAACUCCUUCGCAGGCUCGCGAUGGAUAUAUCUUCAACAUUACCGUGAUACUCCAGUUCCAUCCACUCAUCAUAACAAGAGCCGAUCAGGGCUUGGAUGUUGACUGUUUCUUUGCACAACCUCUCACAGCUCAAGAGAUGACACGAGUUGCCAAAAGUGUGGCGGACACAGAAUGCAGCUAUCGUCUCCACAGAUACAGCCCAUCGCAAUGCGUAGCCUUGGAUGCAAAAGUGGGCGAAACUGUGUUCCAUAAAUGGCAGUGCGAUAGCCCUCCUGUGUACAACUACCUGGUACAUGAUUGCUACGUGAAGUCGGAACGAAGUUCUGUGCAAAUCCUCGACAGUGAAGGAUGUGAAAUAGAUCACCACUUCCUGGAAACACCCAACUACUCUCGAUUCAAUAAACAAGGGGUGGAAGCUUACGUAUUCCAGGAGAUGUCCGUGUUCAAAUUUCCUGGAGAAGGAAACGUGAUCUUCCAGUGCAAAAUUUCACUCUGUGACAUGGAAAAUGGAGCAUCGGAUUGCUCAGCGCAACUGCCACCGAAAUGCGCAAAAAAGAAGUCUACGAUUGCGUUUCGAGAAAAACGAUCAACUAAACCAAAUCCACUGGUUCCUUCUCCUGCAGUUGUCGACCAAACUGCCGAAAUUGGGAAUCCAACCGGUGCUAGGCCUCGUCGCAAUGUGGUGACCACCAAGCAAGGUUUCUUCAUGACACUUGAAGUCGAAACAAGGACGCUCAACGUUUUGCUCAGCGAAAAUAUCCGUCCAGAAAACUCCGUGAAGUACUGUGACAUCUCAUAA